AUGCUCCAACUUCAGAUUUUGGUAGUUUUGUUGUCCCUAUUCUUGAUUUACUUCUUGGUGUCCGGGUUCUCAUUUUAUUCUUUUAUAGAUGACCAUUGUCAAGUACAUGUUGAUUAUUUAUUCAAUUCCAAAAACACCAGCUGUUACCAUAGUCCAUCCACUUGCCGGGGCACCGACAUCAAUUUAAAGUGCCCGUUUCAAUUUAGAGGUGAUGAUCCCGAUUUGUGCCCUGAACGUCGUGUUGUUGAAUUCUCUUGUGAAAAUAAUCGCACUGUUCUAUCCUUGGAUGGUCAGUAUAACUUUUCUGUGGAGUUGAACAGUAUUGAUUAUGAGCAACAGACACUUCGUAUAUUUGAUCCUGGGGUGCAAAAGAACAACUGUUCUACCCUGCCAGUCUACCCAUUAAGUCCAUACUACUACAACAACUACUAUCAACCUGGUGCGGGUUAUGACAUGGAGAUUGAUCCCGAUGCUGGUUCGUUGGUCUUUGUGAGCUGUAAAAAUCCGGUGAAAUCGAAAAAUCCUCCUCUUUAUGUAGACACUGCUUCCUGUAAUAUAAUCACUGCAAAUCAGUUUUCAAAAAUGAAAGCUCCGUCCAAUUAUUACAGCUAUGUUGUGGUGGGCAAAAAGGUUGUGGCAUCAGAUGUUGAAAAGUCGUGCACCGUCUAUAAGACAGCUCCUGCAGACCUGCGGUGUCUCCCUAAUGUAACAGAUAUUUCGUUUCAAGACAUCCACAAUCUUAUGUCUAAUGGCUAUGAGAUCAGGUGGCUCCCACUCUUGGAGACCAGCAAGAAAUCGGUUUUUUGUCCCCUAGUAGAACCAAUCCUCGACCGCGUUGACGCAUUCGGAACUGGCGUGGGUUUUGCUGUCAAAUUUUUCGCUCUAUUCAUUGCAGCAAAAAGUGUCAUUGGCAUUGCCCUCUUGUCUGCGUUCCUGCUUUAUAGGUGGCAUCGGAGGCAUUUAUCAAGGUAUGAUACAAUAGAAGAUUUCCUGCAAACAAACAGCAGACUCAUGCCCAUUAGGUACUCAUAUAGAGAAAUCAGGACAAUGACGAAAAAUUUUAAAGAAAAACUAGGCGAAGGAGGCUACGGUAUGGUUUACAAAGGCAAAUUGCGCAGUGGAGAUGCUGUUGCUGUCAAAAUGUUGAACAAGUCAAAAGCUAAUGGUCAAGAGUUCAUCAAUGAAGUUGCAACUAUUGGAAGAAUACACCAUGUGAACGUGGUUCGGUUAGUGGGAUUUUGUGUUACUGCCUCAAAACAUGCUCUAGUGUAUGAUUACAUGCCAAAUGGCUCUCUGGAUAAGUUAAUUUUCUCAGACUGUCAAAAUAGUUCUCCAUUGAGUUGGAAACAAGUUUGUGAGAUUGCAAAGGGGGUUGCUCGUGGCAUUGAAUACUUGCAUCAGGGGUGUGAUAUGCAAAUUCUGCAUUUUGAUAUUAAACCGCAUAACGUCUUACUUGAUGAGAACUUUGUUCCAAAAGUUUCAGAUUUUGGACUUGCAAAACUUUACCCAAUGCAAAAGAGUAUUGCAACUCUUACUGCUGUGAGAGGAACAUUAGGUUACAUGGCCCCGGAGUUGUUCUACAAAAGGAUUGGAAGAGUCUCACACAAGGCAGACGUUUACAGCUAUGGAAUGUUACUAAUGGAGAUGGCUGGGAGGAGGAGAAAUGUGGAUGCGCAUGCCGAGCAUUCUAGUCAAAUAUACUUCCCUUCAUGGAUAUAUGACAAAUUCGAUCAGGUGGAGGAAAUGGAAAUCGGAGAUCAUGCAACUGAUGAAGAAAAGACAACUAUAAGAAAAUUGAUUUUGAUUGCCUUGUGGUGCAUACAGAUGACACCUGAGGAUCGUCCUUCAAUGAGAGAAGUCUUAGAAAUGCUUGAAAGUGAUACUAGUGGCCUAAAGUUACCCCCUAAACCGUCGUUUUACCCUUCAGAUUCACCCAUAUCCAUGCAAAGAAGCAGUGAUAGUAGUUCUUCUGACAAGUCAACGGCACCCCUGUGCAGCUCUGUGGCUUUGGAAGUAGAGCAAAUGGAUGACUAAGUAGUACUUUUAGUGACAGCUGUGUGGUGGAUUUGUCCUUCAGUUUAACUUAAUAAUUUCUACAAUUGAGCUCCAGUACAUAUUUUUUUUUCUCUUAAACUAUUAUGUUUUCUAACACAGCGAGCAGUAUAUCUAAG